CAUUUUUAGCGUCUAGCAAACAACUAUUGAGCGACUGAACGUGCAGGGAGACCAGCCAAUCACAUUACAGUAUUGGACAGAGCCCACAAUGAGAAGGAACGACCAUGGAGAUGCAAACAUUGAAGGGCUGAUCCCAAGGAUCAAGUGAUUUGGAAACGUUGUUGUUUGUGGCGGGUUGAACUGAUUCAGGAAGUUUCCACAUUAUGACUAAGGCAAUGAAGGGGGAGAGAGACUCACAGAGGAGCAUCAGAGAACGUUUAUAACUCUCCUGGGAAGCGAUCUGAUUCUCUACUCGACGAACUACGACUCCUUACCAAGUCAGCGAUGGGUCCCUCUCAGGAGAAGGGAGAGUAUGUGGUGUCCGGACCCCAAGGCACCGACCUCUACAACGACCGCCAGGUGGCUCUGCCUCCGCUCUCCAACCCUCCCGUCAACGGUGGUGACGUCAUGCAGCCCUCCCAGCAUGGUGGGUCCCUCCGUCGGCGUCGACAGCGGGCCAAGUCGGUGCUGUACCCUUACAUCCACGGCCAGACCCGCGGUGGAGAGACGGCUGUGGCUUCAAGGCCGGCCUCAAGGGUCAGCUCUCCUGGCGCCGUCUCUGUCAAGUCUAAGGACGACUCCAGGAUUCACUACGAGUACGAACUCAACAUUGAGGACGCUGAGGACGCCAGGCCCAAGCUGCCCCCGUACGACAGGUAUAGGGCCCGGAAGGUGCGCUUCUACAGGAACGGGGACAGGUAUUAUCCCGGGUACGAGUUCGUCUUCAAGCCCGGACGCGACGUGGUCAACAUGGAGGCCCUCUGCGACAAGAUCUCCGACAGAAUAGGACUGAUCAACGGGGCGCGCUACGUCUUCGGGUUGGACGGUCGUCGACGGUACAGGAUCGAGGAGCUGGAGGACGGGGAGUCGUACGUCGCGGCCUCCGACAGGAAAUUUGUGACUCUCCCGUACGGCCUACUCAGUAAACCCGAGAAGUGGGCCCAGCAGUCCGGCAGCUCCAGCCCUGUCCACGCCCAACCGAAUCUGCCAUAUGGACGACACCGUCCUGAUUGGAACCAGAACGCCUUAGUGAGUGUGGUGGGGACGGGCGGGGGAGGCGAACCGGGCCGUGCUGGCUCCCCCGUCGUCAGAGAAGUCUCCAAGAAGAGCUCCGCUGAGAGCAGCAAGUCCGGUAACAACAGCAAGCCGGGCUCCAGGGAGGGACGCACUAUCAAGAUCAUCAACAACAUUGACCACAACCAAGAGAGAACAGUGUUGGUCAACAUGAAGACGAUUAACCUGUGGGAGGAGGUGGUGAAGGACCUGGGCAAGAUGUUCAAGAUGAGCGGCCAGCUCCACCUCUUCACCACCUGGGGCCAAGAGGUGAAGAGCUUCUCGCAGUUCAAAAACGACUUCGCCAACGUGGACACCUUCUACGUGAGCCUCAAUAACGCCGGGAUCCCCAACAAGCCGCACAACGCCUCUUCUUCCACCGGUGUAGCGCCCGAGACCGCCGGUGGGGGCCACAGGAGGACCCUCAGCAGUGACGAGGACAAGAAAACAGCCAGAGCGGACCGUCGAACAACUAAGACUGCUAAACGACCUCCCCUCAGACGGUACACGAGCGAGCCCACGCUCAAGGAGUCAGGAGAGGAGAGCGAGGCGGAGGAGGUGACGGACGGACGCUCUGCCGUCGUCACCAUCAAGGGCCAGCGGAGGGUACUGCACGCCCCGAGGAACCCCGUCUCCUACGUGCCGGCUCCUCCUCGGGCACAGCUGCAGCUCGACUGGGUUUACGGGUACCGGGGCAGCGACACCAAGAGGAACCUGUGGGUCCUGCCCUCUGGGGAACUGCUCUACUAUGUAGCGGCCGUGGCUGUCAUCCUGGACCGCACUGACGACGUCCAGAGACACUACACCGAGCACUCGGAAGACAUUCAGUGCAUGGCGCUCCACCCAUCGCGGGACCUGGUAGCCUCUGGCCAGCGGGCGUCCCGGGGCAACCGCUCCUCUGCCCACGUCAGGGUGUGGCACGCCCGCACCCUCGCCACCCUUCACGUCCUGGGCAAGAAGGAACUCGGGGCGGGCAUCCUAGCUGUUGCUUUCUCCACCAGGAACAACGGAGACUUCCUGCUGGCGGUGGACGCCGACAAGGAGCACCUACUCUCCGUCUGGACGUGGGAGAACGAGAAGGUCUUCGGCAAGGUGGCGACUCACCAAGACCACGUGUUCGGUGCCGCCUUCCACCCGUUCGACAACAAUCUGAUCGUCACCUACGGACGGGGUAUCCUCUCUCUCUGGGCCAGGAGGAAGGAUGGCAUCUUCAUACGCUCCGACCUUGUCCAGGAGAGCUCUGGCAGGACGAUAACUACGCUGGAGUUCACUCCAUCAGGCGACCUCAUCACCGGGGACCACGAAGGCGUCCUCACCGUCUGGAGCGUCGACGCCGAAGGAGACUACUUCGUCAAGAAAGAGUUCCAGGCCCACAAGAGCGCCAUCAACAGCCUUAAGCUACUGAGCGAAGGAACUGUGCUCUCGGGCGGCGACAAGGACCGGAGGAUCAUCGCGUGGGAUUGUGAGGAGGACUUCGAGAAGAUCACAGAGACAAAGCUACCGGAUCAAGCAGGGGGCAUCAGGACCCUGUACCCUCAGCGGCCGGGCCACCACGACGGUAACAUCUACGUCGGGACCACCAAGAACAUGAUCCUGGAGGGCUCUCUACAACGACGCUUCAACCAGGUGGUGUUUGGACACAGCAAGCAGCUGUGGGGGCUGGCAGUGAACCACAUGGAUGGCACCGUCGCCACCGCCGGCUACGACAAAAACAUCAUUAAAUGGAGAGACUUCCAACUGGAAUGGCGCAUUCAGGCCCAGAGCGAGUGUGUGAGCGUGGCGGUGCAUCCCCAGGGCACCAGGAUAUCAGCAGGCACCAUCGACGGUCACUUGGUGGUGGUGAACGGUCUCACUGGCCAGCACGUCACCACCCUCCGGGUCUGUGGCUCCCCGAUAUCCUGUCUGGCGUACAACCCUGGCGGGGAGCUGCUGGCGGUGGGGUCGCAGAACGGCUCUGUGUACCUGUACAGGAGCACCAAGGACGGCUUCGUGUACACCCGCUGCGGGAAGAUGACGGGCACCCAGCCGCUCUCUGCGGUCGACUGGAGUACCUCGGGGCGCUAUCUUCAGAGCGUCUCCACUGAAUACGACGUUAUAUUUUGGAGCCUGGCUGAGCUGACCAGGGUCAAGAACACCCAGGAGGUGCGGAACGAGACGUGGGCGACGCAGACCUGUCCCCUGGGCUUCAUGGUGCACGGUAUAUGGAGCGGGAGUAAGGAGGCAGCUACCCAGGUCACAGUGGACCGUGGCCCCCGGGGGGACGUACUGGCUGUCGGAGACUCUGACGGCUACAUCAAGCUCUACAGGUACCCGGUGCUCAGCACGAAAGCUGGCUACCAGGAGUACAAGGUGUACACCUCGUACGUGUCGUCGGUGAGGUUCUCCCACACCGACAACUACCUGUACACCAUAGGAGGCACUGACGCCGCGCUCAUGCGCUGGAGGAUCACCUAGUCGUAGAUGUGUCUGCUGCUGCUGGUGUCUGCUGCACGGUCGUCCCCCACAGUGCUAGCCUCGUCAUACAGUGCCAGCCUCGUCGUACAGUGCUAGCCUCGUCCCACACAGUGCCGGCCUCGUCGUACAGUGCCAGCCUCGUCAUACGGUGCCAGCCUCGUCCCACAGUGCCAGUCUCGUCCCACACAGUGCCAGCCUCGUCCCCUAGUGCCAGCCUCGUCCCCCACAGUGCCAGCCUCGUCAUACAGUGCUAGCCUCGUCCCACACAGUGCCAGCCUCGUCCCCCACAGUGCUAGCCUCGUCCCCCACAGUGCCAGCCUCGUCAUACAGUGCCAGCCUCGUCAUACAGUGCCAGCCUCGUCCCACAGUGCCAGCCUCGUCCCAUACAGUGCCAGCCUCGUCCCCACAGUGCCAGCCUCGUCCCCACAGUGCCAGCCUCGUCCCCCACAGUGCCAGCCUCGUCAUACAGUGCCUGCCUCGUCAUACAGUGCCAGCCUCGUCAUACAGUGCCAGCCUCGUCCCACACAGUGCCAGCCUCGUCCCCCACAGUGCCAGCCUCGUCCCCCACAGUGCCAGCCUCGUCCCACACAGUGCCAGCCUCGUCCCCACAGUGCCAGCCUCGUCCCCACAGUGCCAACCUCGUCGCUCUAGUGCUGCCUGUUUUUGAUAACUCCAUCGGGGGGAGGGAGACUUCGUUUUAAAAUUUCCAGAGUUCCCACUUUUCUCCUGAUCAGAGAGAGGAUGGCCGAGCUCAGUGAUAUUGCUGGUAACAUCACAGGCGUAGAGCGUAAUGGAGAAGCCAUGCCAAAUCUUUGGAUUUUAACUAAAUUGUUAGACUUUUACCUCAUGGCAGACGUAAUCAAUAGUUAAGUGAUGAGCUACAGUUGUUCAUUAAAGCAUUAUGUGCUGUAAUGUUGCAACUGCAGAAAACCAAUUGCUAAGUAUUUGAGAGGGGCUAGCGAUUUUGAGCAAGCGAACAUUUACAUUUUUAUUUAUAUAGAUUAAUGAGUGUGUGUGUCAGUGUCUUGGAUAUGGAUCAGGUGUACUAAGUCUUCGUGUUAAAUUAGGAUUGAGUGACUGUGUAAUAUACUGGCAAGUCUUAGUGUGUGACAUGUGUAAUGAGUGCAAGUGUAUAAUCUGAGAUAGUUUUAGGUGUACUUUUUGUGUAAUAAGUGUAAGUGCAUUGAGGUGAGCUUCUGUGAUAUAUUGUAUAACUAAACUGAUACUACACAGCCCCACUGCUACACCCACUCAUCUUAUUUUGUAAUUGUACUAUUAAGAACUGAUCUAUAAGAGGUGACUGAGGUUGUAGGCCUGACACUAGGAGCUAGCAGUGUCCCCCGGGAGGAAGGAGCGGCCUAUUGCCCCUCCUUUGCGGAUUCCGUUAACGACCUCAUAAUACAACGGGUCCCAUGAAGUACUAAAACUACAGUGGCGAUGAAGGUACUGGUAACCUGACCGGUCCUGGUAGAGAGCCAGUCUGAACAAUGAAAACAAUGAUAUCAAAUAUGAUGAAAAUAAUUAAGGCCAACGGGAAAAUUUAUAAUAUUGUCGUAUAUAGAAGCAUUGAUAUCAGCUUCGUCAUUUAUGCAUCUAUUGUUUGGCAACACAUUUGCUUUACCAACGUUUGAUUACGUGGAGAGGUCAGCCACACACACCAGUGCGUGCCAGUAUUCAUCAUGACGCCUCGUGCUGGGGGGAGAGGUCAGUGGAAGAAGGUACACGGUGCUCAUCACAUGAGCUCCUUGGCUUGAGUAGGAGAACCCGGCUUGGUGCCUUCUUUUGAUAGUUACUUAAGUCGGAGAAGAGUUAGCUAGUUAGAUAUUUAGUAAAGAGUAGCUUAUAUUCAUGACUUGCUGGCAAGACAUGAUAGUCAUGCGAGGGGACUUAAGUUAGGAUUGUAUUGUGGAGUCAAAUAGGAGAGGCGCGGCUGGGGGGUGUUCUUGCUGAACAAUUCUCACUGCCUGACGACCUGUGGCACUCCUGGCGGCACUCCGUCCACAACACCUACAUGUUGUCUAGUUACCUGUGACAAUUUUGUCAAUUCCCGUCUGCAUGCCAUCCUCCCCACCCCACCCCAGCGACCUUUGACAUCCCUGCGGGUACCCAGCUUACACGGGGGAGGGGGGAGUUACAUUAAUGAAGUCCUCCAUCUGCUGGUUCUGUAACCCAUGCUCCUGAGACCCUCGCGGCGCUACUGGUCGACACGUCUUCACUACACACUUCUUCAGUUGUGUGAUACUACAUAGUCUCCCCGGCUUCGAGCCUUCUUUUGAUAAUUAAUUCAAUUAUGUGUUUCAUAUUUCACAUCAGCGUGGAAUAAUUUCUCUAAAUGAGGAUGUCUGUCCAAGGUUGGAGAGGGGAUACUUGGUGGUCAAGCUUCGCCUAAUAUUGCAGGGUGACUGGUGGGUGUUGGGGACGGUCAUAUUGGGGGUCAGGGUCAGUACCCAUGCUCCCUCUAGAAGGGCAUCGGGGUUGACCAUCAUGCGGCCCUUGAAGACGUGCCAAACCGCGUGUUCUGAUGAGAGAUGUACAAUCUGGGGAGCCCAACACUUUAAUGGCACAUUUUGGGGUCCACCACACAUCGGUAUCCAUGGUCAAACUUGUGGAGAACACAGAGCCACGGGUUUCCGCUAAAUCUAACUAAACCUUUCUGGGUGACGGAUGAGGGUAUUUGGAUAUUUUCUAAGUGGUCGGGGUCGGCCCCGUUGCAUGGACCUGAUGAAAAUGAGGCAGAUUUGCAUUCUAGGGCUCCCAACACUUAUAGUGUAGUAUUUGUUUGGGUCGACCCUGGCACCACAUCAAAUGUAUAUAUAUAUAAUAAAUAUUUAUACAGUGGUUGGUAGGGUAUUUGCCGCUUGUUAUUGUCAAAAGCAAGUUACCAAAUCCCGUGAAUUGCCACUAGCAGUGUAAGAUGUGAAACAUUUGUAAAAUAUUUUAAAAGUUAUAUAUUUCUAGUACAAAUCCAUAAUGAUCGUAUAUACUUCAAUAUAUAUAUAUAUAUAUAUAGUUUGUAUGCUACAACAUUUGUAGCUUUCAGAAGCACAUCGCCUCCUGCAUGUAAUAUACUGCACCUCUUGUAUAUCGUUAUUUAUGUAUAUUAUAUAAUGAAAUCCACAAUAGCAUCUUGAGGUUAUCUUGAGAUGAUUUCGGGGCUUUAGUGUCCCCGCGGCCCGGUCCUCGACCAGGCCUCCACCCCCAGGAAGCAGA